AACAUUCCGCUGUCAGCCAAGUCGCGGCCGUAACCAAGUAGCUGCAGGCGCACAGAGGCCGUCACAGACGCACGCAGGGUGGUUACUCUGUAACACGCAACUUACCAAGACGAGACCGACAACCUGCCUGAGUAAUAACGAAUUUGACCCGGAGUCGUAGAGGCUGUGCAGGGUGAAGUCGGGGGAGACGGACAGGAAAAAAAAAAAACCGAAAAAAAACAAAGAUGGCUGUGUAGCCAGAGAGACGAGUUCCGACAGAAGUGUCUGUAGCCGCGGAUUCAAUCCCCCGACAGGUCCCGCGGGUCCCGCGGACAGUCCGGCGACACCGGAGCGGGGACGUUAGACGAGCAGCCGAGCUGGGCCACGGGCGCGCGCCGCCGUACUCUGCUGUCACUGCGAAUAACGGCGUCGAGGGCAAAACAACAGCUGAGGGACGCCCGAGUUGUUUUUGUUCCGCCUGGGCAGAGCGAGAGGACUGCUGUGUUUGUGUCAACGUAGCUAGCACGUAGUCUGCUAGCCCCACUGUAAGUCAACAGAACUAGUCGACAUUUAAUUCGGUCGCUUUUGACAAUUGUACACGCGGCCGCGUCGUUACGCGGUCGUUCGCUUGUUACGCGACCGAGUCCCCAAGUGUAGGGUGGCGUUGGUGAGAAGUGAGCCCGCAUUCCCGUCUUGACAGCCCGCCGCCGUAGCAUUAGCCCGGCUAACGCUAGCUAGCUGUCAGCUGACCGUUAGCUUGACAGGUUGUGAGCUAGUCCCGAGCUAGCCCGCUAAUAUAUUUGUUCGGGCUCGGCGUGGCCGCGGCGGGGACACCUGGGAUCUUUGUAGACGGCCGUCGCCAUGUCUUCACUGGAAGAGCGAGACGUGGGCGUAGCGGCCGCCCCUGGCUCCUCCUCGGGAGGCCCGGGGGUCGGGGUCGGGGCCGCGGGGGCAGCGGUGGAGGCUGUCGCCGGGGUCGCUGCCAUGCAGGAGGAGGUCGGGAUGAGACGAGACGGGCCCGAGCCUGACCCGGACGAGCCGCCCAAGAAGAGGGUGAGAAUACCCGACGGAGAGUCAGGGAAGCUGGAGGAGAGACUGUACUCAGUGCUGUGCUGCACCGUGUGCCUAGACUUGCCCAAGGCGUCUGUAUACCAGUGUACCAAUGGACAUCUGAUGUGCGCAGGCUGUUUUAUCCACCUCCUGGCCGAUUCUCGUCUCAAGGAGGAACAGGCCACAUGUCCCAACUGCAGGUGUGAGAUCAGCAAGAACCUGUGCUGCAGGAAUCUUGCCGUUGAGAAGGCUGUCAGUGAGCUACCGACAGAAUGUACCUUCUGCCUAAAACAGUUCCCCCGCUCCAGCCUAGAGAGACACCAGAAAGAGGAGUGUCAAGACAGGGUGACACAGUGCAAGUACAAGAGGAUUGGCUGCCCCUGGCAGGGUCCUUUCCAUGAGCUGCCAGCGCAUGAGAGCGAGUGCUCCCACCCGACUAAGACUGGCACAGAGCUGAUGGGAAUCCUGGGAGAGAUGGACCAGAACCACCGCAGAGACAUGCAGCUCUACAACAGCAUCUUUAGUCUGCUUUGCUACGAAAAGAUUGGAUUUACAGAGGUGCAGUUCAGGCCAUAUCGCACUGAUGACUUCAUCACCCGUCUGUACUAUGAAACACCGCGCUUCACUGUUCUCAACCAGACGUGGGUGCUGAAGGCCCGCGUGAAUGACUCCGAGCGCAACCCCAAUCUCUCCUGCAAGCGCACCCUUUCCUUCCAGCUAAUACUCAAGAGCAAGGUGAAUUCUGCCCUGGAGUGCUCCUUCCUGCUGCUGAAGGGGCCGUACGACGACGUACGGAUCAAGCCCGUCAUCCACCACCACUCCUUCUGCAACGACGCCAAUGAGACCGAAUACGUCCCUCUGCCCAUCUCCGACUCAGUGGAGUGCAACAAACUGCUGGCCGCCAAAAACAUCAACUUGCGCCUGUUCAUCUUCCAAGUCCAAAAAUAAAUAGUGAGGGAAGAGGAGGAGGAGGAGCAGCCAGAAGAAGAAGAUGAUGGAAAGGACGGGGAAGAAGAAUGGUGAUCUAGGACGAGGGGCAGAAAGGAAGAGAGGGUGUGAUGAAGAAGAUAAAAGAGAGACACCACUGAACCACUGAUACCUCUUAACACACACACACACACACACACACACACACACACACACACACACAC